GCGGACCAAUCGCCUCUCGCCGCAGGCGCAUGCGCUCGGGAUCCGGCCAUUCACCGCCCAGCGCGCCAAACGCCCGCCCGCUGUUUUACCCUCAACGGCCGCUUCUGGAGGCGUAGGAAAUGGCGGGAGCUGAGGGUGAUGAUGAGGAGCUGCCAGCCUUCACUGCUCUGCUGCAGCCGCUGCCGGCAGCCGGCGGGCCGGCCCUUCUGAGGGCGUCGUUUCCCCCUCUGAGGCGAGGGAGCGGCGUUGUGAUGCUGAGCAGUGACAGCGAGGAUGAGAUAGAGAUCGUUCCCCUGUCUGAGAGGGUCAGCAGGAGGCUGCCGCCCAGCGGGUCGAUGCAGAGCGCUGCGGGUCCGGGGCUUCUGCCGGCGGGUGGCGGGGCUGCGGCUGAGCGGGACGGCCGUCCUCACGGCGGUGAGCGGCUGGCGGCUGGCCGCAGGGAACGGACUGUGCCAACAGCCGCGCUGUUACCCGAGGGAGGACCGUCCGUCAGCCCCCCCGGCUCUGGGGGGCCGGCGAUCCCUCCGGCUGCCCCUGUGCGUGAGCGUACGGCCCGGCCUGGGGGGCCUCUGGAAAGUGGAGAAAACGCAGAAGCUUCUCCUCCGAAGAAGAAGCCGAAGUACGGCCGGGAGGAAGGGCAGGCGAUUUGCCAGGCGGCCUGGAAGAGGAGGAAGGACCGGGAAGCGAGGAAAAGGCGGCAGGAGGAAGAAAGAGAAAGAAAGAAGAACCUCGCCAAAGUGCUGAGAGCUCAGCGGCCGGGGGAGUGCCGGAAAUACAUCGCUGUGGUGCUGGAUCCAGUUCUCUUGCAGGUUGAAGGUGGGGUGCAGAUCCGCGCUGCUUUGCAGUCUGCAAAUUAUUCCUGCGUGGUGGAGAGCCAGGCUGUUCCCUGCAGCAUUACCUGGAGGAGGAAGUCAGUGUUAUCUCAGGCUGAGGACAGUAAUGAAUGGACAGAAGAGCCAAAUCUCCUGGUUCUGCUUGGCUUGGAAGAGUUCUUGUCCAUGGUUCGUAACUACAAGCAAGAGGCCCAAGGCUGCACAGAGCAGAAGGAGACCUUACAGAGCUUUGUAGCUCGUGUGAUGGAAAAGAUGCCUGGGAAAAUUCUGGCUCUAACAGUUGUUGAAGUAGAGAAAUAUUUCAGGUGUCUCAGAGCUCAGUCAAAAAAGAGACUGCAACAGGUAACAGCAAAUGGGAGCCAGGCAGAAGACAGGGGAGGCCAGAGGCAGAAACGGGUUAAGGAUCCUGGCCUGGAGAUCAGCAGACUGGAUGUGGAAGACGCCUUGGUGGAUUUGCAACUCUGCACACGUGUCCAAGUCACUUUUUUUGAGAGCUGGGAGGAACUCGGAGAGUUUGCCACCAUGUUUACAAAAGCUGUAGCUGAAGCUCCGUUCAAACGAGAGCAGCAGAAUACAGGAUUCUCUUUCUACUUAGAGAACAAGUGGUGCAGAGGCGUGAAAGUGGAUCCUUCUGGAAAGGGCCUCUUUGAAGUUUGGAAGAGGCAGAUCCAACAGUUUAACCGGGUCAGUGGGGAGAUGGCUGAGGCUGUUGUGUCUGCGUACCCUUCUCCUCAGCUGCUGGUCCAGGCCUACAGCAGGUGCUCCUCAGAGCAGGAGCGGCAGAACAUGCUGGCUGCCCUCCCUGUGCGCCGCGGCACCGGGGUGACGGCAACCUGCCGCCGCGUCGGGCCCGAGCUGUCCAGGAGGAUCUGUGUGCAGAUGACUUCCCACGACCCUGAUCUGUGCCUGGAUGUCUCUGGAUAGCCCAGAUGAGCAAAGAUCCUAUGGUCUCUCUGGUUGUAUUCAUCUUCCUUCUGGGAAAAGGUGCGGAGGUGACAAGUGGGCUCCUGGAUCGCAGCUUAAAGGCUUGAAGCACUUUUGGUCUCUAUCAUUAGAAGGAAAUUGGAUCCAAUUGCUGAAUGGCUGGCGUUUACACAGAAAGCUGUGGAAUGUCUUCCAUGAAGUAUGAACUGGACAUGCCUUACGGCACUGGUGGUGCUUUUGUUAUUUGUCAAGAGUUCUUCCAAGGGAAUAAAUCACUUUCUGUAAUAA